AACCCUGCCCCACUUUAUCCAAGUCCCACAAAACCAAGUUGCAGUCAGUGCCUCGUUGAGAAUGGAGGAGACCCAGGGCAGACUUUCUGAGGGAGCAGGAACAGGUUUACCAGACUUGGCAGCAUCCCCGGUAGUCUGUGCCCAUGCCCCAGAGCAGGCAGCAAUGCCGCAGGCUGAGUCCCUGGGAGAAUUCACUGCUGAAAUGGAGGCUCUGGGAUCCCCCAAUUCUGCUGACAGAGACUUGGAGUGCCUGGUGUGCUGCCACCGAUACAGCUUCGACCGGCUGCCCAAAGUGCUAACCUGCCAGCACACCUUCUGUGUUGUGUGCCUGAAGCUCCUUCUGACCAUCCGAGAGGACUCAUGGAUGAUCAUCUGCCCGCUGUGCCGCAUGGCUACGUCGGUCCCAGGGGGGCUGAUCUGCAACCUUCGGAACCAGGCUGAGGUCAUGGGGAGGCUGGUGGUGCUCGGUCCUGAGGUACAGCUCUCUCCCCAGCAGCUGGCUCAGCCCACAGGAGGACGGGUAGCCAGCAUGAUGGAUGAGGACAGUGAGGACUCUGCCAGUGCCAAUCGGGUGGCUGCCCGCAGACUGGGGGUCCUCUUGGGGCUGCUGGUGCUUCUCAUCUUCCUUAUCCUCCCUUUCGUCUACCCUGGCAUGAUCCGGUGGGUCCUGAUCUUCAUCAUGUGCCUGGCCCUGCUGCUCUCCUCUAUAUUCUGCUGUCUACCAGGCAGCAGAGGCUGCUGUAGCCCCACCAAAACCCUCCUGCCUGGACAGAGGAAACACAGCCACGUGGCUUCCAUCGCCUGACAGGUCCCUUGAUGGAACAUUUUCCCUAGCAUAGAGAAAGGGCCAGUGGAAAGACUCACAAGAGGAGAAGACUCCUUCCAGCCAGAGAUUUCUGACUCCUUCCAGCCAGAGACUUCUGUAUUUCACAAGGGACAGGAAGCGGUAGGGAUCCUCUCUGAUGCAAUGGACUAGCUGUUGGUUUCUCUCUGGAUUCAAACUUUGGAAGGGUGUCUGGUUCCAUGGGUGUGUGUUUGGAAGGUGAGGUGGACCCUAUAGCCCUAGCCUUUGUUUACUAAUAUGGGAGGCCUCCUGUCCUAAGUCUAGUUUUAGAUAAGGGUGGAGAUGGCAGCCAAUAGAUGAAGAGGGAGAGGAGCCUGGGGGUGUUGCUAUGUUUACAUUUUAUCUUGAACUGAAACAACAAUUAUGAGGUGGGUUUCUCUAUCUCUGUAAAAAGAAAUGUUGGUCAUCAACCAAUUGCAACAAACUUUGUUCUAAUGUUCCUUAUUCUAAGGCCCCUUCCAACUAUAACGUUUUGUGUUUUAAGGCUACUACCUCUGAUGCUCCAUGUUCUAAGACCCUUCCCAGCUCUGAUAUCCUGUGUUCUAAGGUCCCCUCCCAGCUCUGACAUUCUGUGUUCUAAGGUCCCUCCUAGCUCUUACACUUUAUAUUCUAAGAGUUCUAGAGUUCUGUAUUCUAGGAUUCCUUGUAGUUCUGACAUCCUAUGAAUCUACGAUUCUGUGAUUCCCAUCCAGGGAAGAAUUGAUUCAUGUGCUUCCGGGCAUUUGGAUUUAAGCUUUGUCAUAAAGAUAAGAAGAGCCAUAAAUACAACUGUCUUCACUGCCAACCUCCACCCCUUUCCAACCACUGUUUGUCUGGGAAAGUUUUCGUUUACUGUGUCGUGUCUUGGGUGAAGGCCAGGGUCAGAUGAAGGUUGUUCCAGCCUUAGACCCCUCUCUGUUUCACAAACUUGUUGGUUGAUGACUUUUUCAUAAGUGUAUUGAUUUCUCUGAGUAGAUAGAUGAUCAAAAGUAUCUUAUGUGUCUCUAUUUAUUCAAGAAGAGACCUUUGCUACAGUUUUGUUUUGUUUUUUUUUUUUUAGUAAAUACCCUCCCACCAAAAAAAAAAAACCCAAAACAAACUUACAUGGUCAAAACAUUUUUAUUAGACCAUCAGCACAGUUGGCCUGCUGGGCAUGUUAGAUAAUGGGGCCAUCCAGAAAGAUUGAGGCACGUUUUUUCCCUGUCAUCAUCUCCAAGUCAGAACACCUCUCAAAGGAUCAGGACACACUGGGAGGCUCUCAGACAAAUUUAAUGGGCAUCUUUAGGUCCUUUAAUGUUGCGUGGGGUCUCUGGGGACCUAGCCAAAGGAAUGUGGAGAUGGAGAAAAUAAGAUUUUGGGCAUUUGACCAUUGAUUCCCUCUUGGGAAGAAAUGAAAAGCAUCUAUUGGAGCUAAAUGAGUCUCCUGCCUGUUCCCAAGAUAACUCUGUUUCUGUAAAAAUGAGGGACUUGGACCAGAGGAAUCAUAAGGACCCUCCCAGCUCUGAUAUCCUGUGUCCUAAGGU